CUCACAGUCACCUUUCCUACCAUAUACACGCAAAUUCAUUGUUAAUUGCAGUUUCACAAACACCACAAUCAUGAGUUACUUCCGCCCCAUGUCAAUGCUGCGUUCGGCAGCACUGCGUCCUGCAGCGCUCUCCGCAGCUCCUCGAGCUCGCGUACAGGUCCGCUUUGCAACUCAAGACUACGGCUCUGGUCAGGGAAACCCAGUUGGAGAAGCACCUCAGAAGCAGGGCGAGAAUCCCAGCGAGAACCUUGAGCACCCUGGCCCUGAGCCUCCAAGUGUUGCCAAAGGCAAGUCUUCGUCGUCGCCAAACAAGGACAGCAAUGCGGGCCAAAACGACUCUCCCCAGCCUACCUCACAAUCUCCAGCUCCAUCGUCGAGCAAUGGAUCUUCAGGCCAGCGCAAGUUCUCGACAUGGUCACGCAGGAUGCAGGACAGCAAGGAGCCAGCCGUUAAGCAGGGUCAGCAAAACGAACCCGACGCCAGCGAAGUCAAAGGUGCGAAACCCAAGAUACUAAACGAAAAUCCUCCUGCGGCUGGAAAUGAGAGCGAGGAGGUCAGGAAGCACAACGAGGACAUGAGUAACCGGGCGGAGCAGGCGCAUGAGCGGGUCAGCAACGAGGAGGCCAAAAAGGACAAGGUGCCUGUUAGCUUCUGGAAAGGUGAAGGUGGACGCGGCGAUUCGGAAGGCGUCCGGGGGUAAAGACAAGCUGAGUGAUGGGAGAGAUGUAUGAUUAGCUACGACUCGAAUGGUCAAGAAUGUUGCGUAAUACGCAAUUAAAAAAAAUGGUACAAUUGCGCAUUUGUUUAAGCAUGCAUGGGCG